AUGCCAGCUUUGUCUCCUACUAUGACCCAGGGUAACAUUGGUGCCUGGCAAAAGGCUGUUGGUGACCAGCUUGCUCCUGGUGAGCCUUUAGUCGAAAUUGAGACCGAUAAGGCUACCAUGGACUUCGAAUUCCAAGAAGAGGGUUAUCUUGCUAAGAUUCUUUUGGAAACUGGUUCCAAAGAUAUCCCUGUUGGUAAGCCAAUUGGUGUCUAUGUCGAAGAUGAGGCUGAUGUUGCUGCUUUCGCUGACUUCUCUGUCGCUGAUAUUGAGGGUGGUUCUGCCGCUGCCGAGACUGAAUCUGCUUCUUCCGAGACUAAGGCUGAUCCUGGUGCUGAGAAGGCCGACAACCCCGUCUCACAAUCUAAGGCUUCGGAUUCACCUGCUAGCUCCGCUCCUCAAGCAACUUCUUCUGGUCCCAGUGGUGACCGUCUCUUAGCUUCUCCUAUUGCCAAAUUGAUUGCUCUUGAAAAGGGUAUUCCCCUUAAGGACGUCAAGGGUUCCGGUCCUAACGGUCGUAUCAUCAAGAGAGAUGUCGAGAACUACAAGCCUGCCGCUCCCGCUGCUUCAACUUCAGCUCCUGCUGCCGCCACUGGUGCUGCCGCUGCUACUUAUGAGGAUAUUCCCAUUUCUGCUAUGCGCAAGACCAUUGCUUCCAGAUUAACCCAAUCUAAGCAAAUCAACCCUGACUACAUUGUCUCUUCUACUGUUUCGGUUAGUAAGCUUCAAAAGUUGAGAGCUUCUCUCAAUGCUUCUGGUGAAGGCAAGUACAAGAUCUCUGUCAAUGACAUUCUUAUCAAGGCUAUUGCCGUUGCCAAUGCUGCUGUUCCUCAAGCCAACUCUGCUUGGCUCGAGAAGGAGGGUGUUAUUCGCCAAUACAAGAAUGUUGAUGUCUCAGUCGCUGUUGCUACUCCCACUGGUUUGAUUACCCCUGUUGUCCGCAAUGUCGAAGCUAAGGGUCUCGCUGCUAUCUCUGCUGAGGUCAAGGCUCUUGGCAAGAAGGCUCGUGACGGUAAGCUUGCCCCUGAAGAGUACCUAGGCGGUACCAUUACCAUCUCCAACAUGGGCAUGAAUCCUGCUGUCAGCUUCUUCACUGCUAUCAUCAACCCUCCUCAGAGCACUAUCUUGGCCGUUGGUACCGUUGAGAGACGAGCCAUUGAGGACCCUGAGUCUGAAACCGGUAUCGCUUUCGAUGAUGUAAUCACUCUUACUGCUUCAUUUGACCACAAGGUUGUCGAUGGUGCCGUUGGUGCUGAAUGGAUCAAGGCCCUCAAGCGUGCUGUUGAGAACCCAUUGGAGCUCUUGUUGUAA